AAGAUCAAAUACACAGAUCGAAUACACAGUUAUUAACACAUCUAAGGACUGAAGACAUUCAAGCCUGAAAAAUUCUCUGGCAAGUUUCUUUUUCCAAUUUUUUUUUUUAAAUUUCAUGGGUCAGUACACAGCCACCAACCUGACUUCUUGACCUGCUCGACAGAAUCUAUACAAAAACAGGUUAUUUAUCAGCAUCAAACUUCAAUGUACAGCAAAGAACUCUGAAAGUAAAAAGUUCUAGGAAGGAAAUACAGAAGAGCUCUGCAAAUAUUUUUUAUGCAAUGGCCUUGGAUAAAAUGGAAGAUCUGAGUCUGCAAGAGACAGUGACCAGAGCUGAGACAGAUGAAGUGGAAGGUGUUACCCUCACAAAAGCAAUAUGCAGCACGUGGGAUCAAGUUUGGAACUUCAGAGCCAGACCUGACGAUCUGCUCAUUGCAACCUAUGCAAAAGCAGGUACCACGUGGACACAAGAGAUAGUGGAUAUGAUCCAACACAACGCAGAUAUUCAGAAGUGCAGACGCACUAGUACUUACAAACGGCAUCCUUUCAUUGAGUGGUUUCUCCCGAAGUCUGCACCUCAGAGUUACUCAGGCCUGGAGUUAGCUGAAGCUAUGCCUUCUCCACGAACACUAAAAACUCAUCUCCCUGUGCAGCUGGUGCCCCCCUCCUUCUGGGAACAAAACUGUAAGAUAAUCUACAUGGCAAGAAAUGCCAAAGACAGCCUGGUGUCAUACUACCAUUUCCACAGAAUGAAUAACAUAAUGCCUGAUCCAGGAACCUGGGAGGAGUUUGUGGAGAAAUUCAUGGCCGGAAAAGUGCUCUGGGGAUCCUGGUAUGACCACGUAAAAGGAUGGUGGAAAGCAAAAGAUAAGAACCGUAUUCUCUACCUCUUCUAUGAAGAUAUGAAGGAGAAUCCAAAGCAUGAAAUUCAAAAGAUUAUGAAGUUUCUGGAAAAGGAUGUGGAAAAGGAGGUUCUAAGCCAGAUACUCCAUCACACCACGUUUGAGAAAAUGAAGGAAAAUCCCAUGGCAAACUACACUAAAGAUUUUGAGGGAAUAAUGGAUCACUCCGUUUCCCCAUUCAUGAGGAAAGGGGUCGUUGGAGACUGGAAGAAUUAUUUCACUGUGGCACAGAAUGAGAAAUUUGAUGAAGAUUAUAAGAAGAAAAUGUCUGACACCUCUCUUGUUUUUCGCACAGAACUCUGAGCAUGAGCAACGGGAAUUACUCUUUGUGAUCCAUCAGCCUUUCCUUUUUAUACAUUUUGCUUUUGCUUCUCAAAAUAUCCGUGUUCACAAGAUUCCAAUAGCUUUCUUUCACAUGCCACUGAUUUGUCAUUAUCAUACGAUUGCUGAAUUAAACAUUAACCUCCAAAUUAUGUGGAGGUUUAGAUUGGUCUCCCCGAAGAAAAUAAUCCCCUCUUUGGAUACCUCUCAAUCAUCUCUCCUAUGGUAACUUUCAGCAUUAACAAAAAUAUUUCAGAAGUGCCUUGAGUUUUUGUCAUUGUAAAACUGCAAUUUGCAUUGUUGGCAUUUUCAAAUCGACCUCUAACAGAAACUAAGGAUCAAUAGGAAAAAAAAAGUUGUUUAAGGAAUGAAAAACAUGUUGUCAACAUUUUAUGUUAUUUCCAUGCUGUAUAAGCAUUAAUCAAUAAACACUAAACAAUUUUUAAAGAUGGUAAACUAUAAACAAAGCAACAGAA